AUGGCUCACCAAACUGAUCUUGCCGUUGAAACGGGCGAGGUGAGGACUGAGGCUUUUGAGAUGGAAUCACCACACGUCAUGGGAAACAUUAACGAGCCUUCUACCGACAAUAUGGCAAAUAUCGCUACUGUCGAGCCUAUUCCGCCCAACGGAGGCUAUGGAUGGGUCUGCGCCUUUGCUUCUUGGGCCGUCAUGAUGGCUUACUACGCAACACACCCAAAGGAGAUGCCGGCCUCGUUUUUCGAAUACUCCCUCGUUGGCGGGCUAUCCAUCUCAGCAGCCAUGAUCAUUUCCCCCCUCGUGACCAUCGUCCGCAGGCGCAUUGGCCUUCGCUUGACCCUCAUCCUUGGCUCUGUUCUUCUCUUCAUUUCACUUCUCACGUCUUCCUUCGCGACCGAGAUCUGGCAACUGUUCCUCAGCCAGGGUGUCUGCUUUGGAGUUGGCAUGGGCUUGUCGUACAUCUCUGGCGCUGCUGUGCUUCCUCCGUGGUUCACUUCUCGGCGAAGCCUGGCUGUCGGCUGUGCCACGGCCGGCGUCGGCAUCGGAGGACUUGUGUACAGCAUUGCCUCGAACGUUCUUAUCGAAGAGGUCGGGAUCCGCUGGACUUACCGCGUUCUCGCUUUCUGCGGCUUGGGCGCUAAUCUCCUCGCUGCCUUUUUGCUCAAGGAAUGGGGCGGCAGGGCACAGCCUGACAUGAGAUUGGACGAGGAACGCUUCGACCCUCGCGACUUUGGGCGGAUUGAGAUUCUUCUCCUUAUCGCCUGGGGAUUUGCUACGGAUCUGGGUUAUGUCAUUCUCCUCUACUCGCUUCCCACAUACGCUUCCUCCAUCGGUCUUACACCAGCACAAGGUGCGAUGUCGAGCGCGUUGCUGAAUCUUGGCAUGGCCUUGUCACGCCCACUGAUUGGCUAUAUCAGUGACUCAUUCGGUCGUAUAAACAUUGCUGGUAUCCUCACAUUCCUCUGCACCAUCUCCUGCUUCGGACUCUGGCUCCCGGCGACGACCUAUGCGCCUCUGCUCGUCUUCUCACUCAUCGGAGGCGCAUUGUGUGGCGUAUUCUGGUGCACCAUCACCCCCGUCAUGGCUGAGGUGGUCGGCAUUCAAAAGCUGGCAAGCACCUUUGGAUCGCUCUGCAUCGCCAUGGCACUACCAACAACCUUUGGCGGACCUUUGGCCAUGCAGAUAGCAGGCAGCGGAGAAAGCCUCAAGUUUACAGAGGCACAGCUGUUUGUCGGCUUCAUGUUCCUGACGGGGACAUUGUCUGUGUGGUUCCUCCGGUGCUGGCAGAUCUUCAAGGUUGAGAUGGAGCAGGGGGACAACUCGACCACGACCGUUAGAGCGAGACGGUAUUGGGUUUCGUGGCUAACUCCUCGGUUCCUGUUUAGUUCUCGGCGAGUUUGA